AAACCACUAAAAGCUAGUAUGUGGGUAGAUAGUAUUCCCUCUCACCACUCCUUCGGAAACAUUUUUAAGCUUUUACGCCUGACCAGAUACCUGACGACAGUAGGACAGUCCAGGUCUUUUAAACCAAGUGGCCCGGAAGAUCAACUUUCAACGACUUUCAAUUAACCUCGCAUAUAUAUAUGGAGAAUCUGAUUAGCAUACGAUUUAGCCAAAUCAUAUAUCAUGAAACUAUUUAUAUAACAAUGCAUAUCAUGUUGCUGUCGAGGAACACUUUUAUACACAAUGUUGGGACUGUUAUUUUGCCUUGAAAAUAUGUCCCGUAUCUGGGCAACUUAUAAGCACGGUAGAAUAACUGGGGAAUCUUAUUGCUAAAUUGAUUGAACUUUCGAGAACGACAAUACUAAGAAAUCACGCGAGAAUUUCAUUAGAAGCUGUCAAACUAUUCAAACUUAAUAAUAAAUGAAUAGUACAAGAAUUUUACCAGCAAACCGAAGUCGCCAGAAUGAAUGGAGACGAAGGAGAUGGAAACGAACCGCUCGUGGAAAACCAAGAUAACAAUAAUGAGGACGAAUCUCGACUUCUGUAUAGAAGUGAGCUUACAUUCUUCCGACUAACGCUGAGAUUACUUUCACUCUGGCAUCCAAGAGAUGCUUGGUUCGUGGAAAAAAGCCUCUACCCGCUUGUAGUCAACGUUCUUCUACUGUUGCUGAUAGCAGCUGACGUGUUUAUGCUUAAAAAUGGAAACUGGACUUCAUUAGAAAUUUACGUUUACAUAGUGAUCGACAUUGGAAUGUACUUGAGCCACUCGUUUGGUUUUUUCUACUUCAAGUCUCGUGACCUUGAACACAACAUGCUGAAAAUUGUCUAUGACCGCCAGGAUCAGGAAAGCGACGAGACAGAAGAAUUCAAGAGAAAAUUAAAGAGAUUAAAACUACUUGUUAUUUUCACCUUCAGCACGUUAUCCGUACUUAUUUUGCUAUUCUUCAAUGUGAAUGCGUGGUUGCAUGGCCGCUUUCACUGUAACUCCGUGUUUACAUUCAUCAAGGGAGCACCUAAUCAUAUUGUCUGCAUUCUGAAUUACCCAGCUAAUAUAUACGGCAUUGGAAACUCGUUGGCAAUAUCAUGGACCAUUUGUCUUUUGCAGCAAGCAUGUUUUGUACGUUUGAAUCAACUUGCCAGAAAGUACCAAACAUGGAGGGGAAAUACGGAGUCGGCCAUUUAUGAUCACAUAGUGAACUAUUCCCGCAAGGAUAUCACGGAGAAUAAUCCCAUUCACUCUGGUUUGUUCUUGGGCUACUUGAUCUACACCAUAGUUGUUUGGAUAUCACCGCUGUACUUUGCCGAGCUUCUGCAACGCCACGAUGAAAACUUCUGUACCACUGUAAACGAAUUCUGUCCUGGUAUAUUCAGAGAGCUUGAGCCUGAACUCUAUGCAGAAUUUAUAAAUCCUCGCAACGAGGGAGAGCCAGUGGUGUACGUGUUUCAUUCGAGAGGUGAAGUGAAUAAAUUCUUGUCUUACUUGAUGCACAGGAAAUCUGGGUUUCUUAUUGGCAGCUAUAGCUUUCAAUUCAAGCUCUCGAUGGUUUCUAUAACUCUGGCUAUGAUUGCAUUUGCAACUCGAAUUAUCGCUUGACGUUGCAAUGCGAAUACUGUGGAAUAUUAUUCAUACUCCGAAAUGGAAAUCUUGCAAAAUCCAAUAAUAUUACAAAUGAAGCGCGAAAUCAUGCAGCUUUGGCAGUUUCCAGAAACCAUAUAUCCAGAAAAUCCGCACAAAAUAGGAUUUACACUUAAAAAUUCUCAGUCUCACAGAGACUUUGCUAUAGUAUAAACGAAGAUUUGCCAUGCCAUUAUAUCCCUUCGAAGUGACAUGAGAAUUUUUGGACAAAUGUGGUAUUAUAACUUACUUGGCUUUUCUUAGUGAUUUUGUCCAAAUGCUACCUUUUCGUGGACUGUGAUCGAGUUGUUUUUACGGUUGGUUUGCUGCUGCCUGAGAUGCUUUGAAAAGAGAGAAAUGUGUUAUAUCGUGUAGCCACCACCUUCAUCAACACAAUGACCAUUCAAAACUACAGACCUUAAUUGCAAAAUCAACUAUGUAUUAAUUUUUGUAAUAAACACCAUGUAGUAAUCAUGCAA